AUGAAGCUGGACGUGAACAUGUUGAGAUACCUCUCAAAAGAGGAUUUUAGGGUUCUAACUGCUGUGGAAAUGGGAAUGAGAAAUCAUGAAAUUGUACCCUGUGAGCUGGUGGAGCGCAUAGCUUCGCUCAAGCAUGGAGGAACUUAUAAAGUUCUGAAGAAUCUGCUCAAGCAUAAGCUCUUGCAUCAUGACUCGUCUAAAUAUGAUGGGUUUCGGCUCACCUACCUUGGUUAUGAUUUUCUUGCAAUCAAAACUUUGGUCAACCGUGGAGUCUUUGCGUCCGUUGGUCGACAAAUUGGUGUAGGGAAAGAGUCUGAUAUCUUUGAGGUGGCCACGGAAGAUGGUACCGUGAUGGCAAUGAAGUUACACAGACUUGGUAGAGUUUCUUUCAGAGCUGUUAAAUCGAAGCGUGAUUACUUAAAACAUCGUAGCAGUUUUAGUUGGCUCUACUUGUCCCGCCUUGCUGCACUCAAAGAAUUUGCUUUUAUGAAGGCCUUAGAAGAGCAUGGUUUUCCUGUUCCUAAUGCUGUGGAUUGUAACAGGCAUUGUGUCAUUAUGUCACUAGUACAAGGCUACCCAUUCGUGCAGGUGAAGCAAUUGCAAAAUCCAGAGGUGGUUUUUGAAACAAUCAUUGGACUUGUUGUUCGCCUUGCCGAACAUGGUUUAAUUCACUGUGACUUCAAUGAAUUUAACAUCAUGAUUGAUGACGACGAGAGGGUCACCAUGAUUGAUUUUCCACAAAUGGUAUCUGUAUCACAUCAUAACGCACAGAUGUACUUUGACCGUGAUGUUGAAUGUGUAUUUAAGUUUUUCAGAAAGAGGUUCAACAUGUCUUUUCAAGAAUGCACAGAUGAUAUUGAUGGAACAGAGGUAGACACAGAUGCAAGUGGUAGGCCUUGUUUUUCUUCAAUAGCCAAGGAUGCUGUUUUUCUGGACAAGGAACUUGCUGCUAGUGGGUUUACUAAGAAGGAUCAGGAAGUCGUUGAGAAGUUCAUUGAAGGAGGUCUGGAGAAGGAUGCUAGUUCUGAUGAUGAAGGUACUGGAGAUGGCGCACACAUCUCUGAGGAGGAUGCUAGUUCUGAUGAUGAAGAUUCCGACGGUGCCACACACAUCUCUGUGUUAAAUGAAGCGAACAUAAAGGGUGUUGAUUCAUUGCAUUUGCUAGAUCAGGGUCAGACUUUAAAUUUAAAGCAUGAAGAGGAAGGAGUAGAGAACAAUCUAAGAAACUGUGAAGUAGGUCUAAGCAGUAAACCUGAAUCUCAAGAUGUGAGUGACAAGGAGGGAGAUGAUGAGGCUGCAAAUGACAAUGAUGCUGAGCUGGAAAAGCGCUUGAGCAAGGUGAGACGACGUGCCGUAACAGCAGCUCGUGGAAGACGGAAGAAUCUUGCCUCCAGAAAUACCUACAAAGACAAGGGCGGUAGAUCCUCUCAGAGUUCCAAAGUCCAGAGCCAAUUAGGCAACUGGUAG